ACGUCCCCAGGAUCAAGGCGUUGCUAUCUUUACUGCAUUGCUGGUCUUCUCUCAAUUAGCAAAGAGUGACAGCCAUUCCCAUUGUCCUCGAACAAUUUUACAAUGGCGCCCGCAUUACUCACUGCGGUAGACUCGACUGCCCAUGUGCACCUCAUAAUUGGAUCAAACCCUCUAGCUGGGGCACGAUGCGCGAGAUCGAUCGAAGUUGGUGCGAAACCGAUUCUCAUAGCGCCCGAGAAUGCGACCAUACAUUACGGCCUCGCAAAACGGAUCGAAGAAAAAGCCGUGCAGUGGGUGCAGAAGGAAUUUGAGGAGGGCCAUCUCACAGCGCUUGGGCGGGAAGAGGUCGACCAUGUCGUGGAUGCAGUCUUCGUAACCUCGGGGGGAAAGAGCGAGCUUGCCACAAAAAUAAGCACAAUUUGUAGAAGACUGCGAAUACCAAUCAAUGUCGCAGAUGCACCGAAUUUGUGCACAUUCACCUUGCUGAGCACCCACAGCUCUGGUCCGUUGCAGAUUGGUGUGACGACAAGCGGUAGAGGUUGUAAACUAGCCUCCAGGAUACGAAGAGAAAUCGCUGCUGCUCUUCCUCACGAUUUGGGUCCUGCUGUAGAACGUCUAGGCACUGUACGGAGAAAGAUCUGGGAGCAAGAUCACGCCAAUGAUGGCAGCGCAGAUCCAGCAGUAGAAGAUGAAGAGUCAGGUCAAAAUGCUGCAUUUAACAAGCUCGUGCUUCCCACCGACGCCGAGGCAGCAAAGGCGCGUAGGAUGAGGUGGUUGGCGCAGAUUUGCGAGUACUGGCCUUUGCGCCGCCUAGCAGCAAUUACAGAUGAAGACGUGGAGCAGAUUCUCCGAGCGUAUAAGCAAGAAGCGGCGUCUUCACAAUUGGGUGAAGAGAAGCCUCCAAUCAGUAUCGCCGCAAUCGAUGCACGUCGCAAUUCUGGGCGCAUCAUACUUGCUGGAUCUGGACCCGGCCAUCCUGAUCUCCUCACAGCGGCGACGCUGAAGGCGAUUCGGAGCGCAGACCUCAUCCUAGCAGACAAGCUGGUGCCGGCACCGGUGUUAGAGCUUGUUCCCAGAAGAACUCCCAUCAAGAUUGCUCGCAAGUUUCCUGGAAACGCUGAUCAGGCCCAGGAUGAAUUGCACAGCAUGGCGCUGGAAGCAAUCCAGCAAGGAAAGACAGUAUUACGGCUGAAGCAAGGAGAUCCGUAUCUCUACGGCCGCGGCGCUGAAGAAGUGGCUUUCUUCCGCGAGCAUGGCUAUGAAGCAGUGGUGUUGCCUGGCGUUACGUCGUCGCUCAGUGGCCCGCUGUUUGCACAGAUACCUGUAACGCAUCGUAGCGUCAGCGACCAGGUGCUGGUCUGCACAGGGACUGGUCGCAAAGGCGCCUCGCCAAAUCCACCUGCCUAUCUCUCGAACCAGACUGUGGUGUUCCUGAUGGCAUUGCAUAGACUGCAGGACCUAAUCACCAGCCUGCUCGACCACAAGAUUAUUCCUUACCCGCCAACGACACCUUGUGCAGUGAUCGAGCGUGCUUCUUGCCCCGAUCAGCGUGUCAUCCGGACAACACUGGAACAUGUGUGCACGGCGGUUGAGGAAGAAGGCUCGAGGCCGCCUGGACUACUUGUUGUGGGCAAUUCUUGCGAAGUGCUUCAAAAGCCCGCGCAGAAGUGGAUUGUCGAGGAUGGUUUCCAAGGAUUAGACGUGCUGGAUGGAAUGGGAGAAGCUGCGGGCAGUCUAGAUGGAUUGCGAGAGGCUUUGGUCUCCAUGCCUGGCACACCUGGUGUGGAGAGUGAGCGUGAGAAAACACUCGCAGCGCCUGUUACGCUUUGAUCCACAACUCGUCCAAACAAGAUUAUUAUUAUCAUGUUAAUCAAGAGUUGUCACAUGACACUGUUUCCUGAUG